CAGGAAAUGUGUUUUGGGUGAGUAAGAGACGGGAAGAAUUUUUCUUCCACCAUUUGUUCCGAUACACUGUCCUCCAGCACUGUCUCUCACUCCCAGAAUGUUCCCCUUACAGCCAGCACCAGGUCAAUUUGGCCCGGAGGUCCGAGAGGAGGGCCUUAGGGUGUGGCGGGUGGAGAAGAUGAAGGCAGUGCCGCUGGAUCCCUCUGAAUGUGGCGCCUUCUACAAUGGAGACUCCUACCUGGUGCUGCAGAAUAGAGGACAACUGGGAGCUGACCUGCACAUGUGGAUUGGUGAGAAGUCGUCUCGUGAUGAGCAGGUGGCAUGUGCCAUGCUAGCCACCCAACUGGAUAACUUUCUGGGCGGUGACCCCCGUCAGCACAGGCAAACUCAAGGCUACGAGUCGCAGGAAUUCAUGGCGCUGUUCCCUAGAGGGAUUAGCUACAAGGAUGGCGGUGUCGAGUCGGGCUUCAGGAGGCCCAAGUCCUCUGGGAUGGUGCAAAGGUUGUAUCACAUCAAAGGGAAGCGCAACAUCCGUGCCAAGGAAGUAGAGCUGUCCUGGAGCAGCUUCAACAAGGGGGACUGCUUCAUCCUUGACCUUGGAGAGAUUAUUGUGUCGUGGAUCGGCUCGCAGGCCAACAUCUUCGAGAAGCAGAAGGUACGUGAGAUCGCCACGCUGAUUCGAGACACGGACAGACACGGCAAAGCACGUGUUGUGGACACCAGUGAAGGAGAGGAGCCACCAGAGAUGCUCGCGGUUCUUGGUCCAAUGCCCGUGUUGGCAGAGAGCACACCAGAGGAAGACACAAAUGCAGAUGUUUCCAACUCUGCCUCCCUCUACAAGGUGUCUGACGCAACAGGUUCCAUGAAGCUAACCAAUGUAGCACAGAGCUGCCCGUUUAAGAAGGAGCUGUUAGUUCGGGAUGACUGCUUCAUUCUGGACAAUGGCGCCAAUGGAAAGAUCUUUGUUUGGAAAGGUAAUGGAGCAAAUGCUGACGAGAAGAAGGUGGCCUUACAGAUGGCAGAUGGCUUCAUCCAACAAAUGAACUACUCCAAGAUGAAAACACAGGUGGAGAUCUUGCCUCAAGGGAUGGAGACAAUCAUGUUCAAGCAGUUCUUCAAGAACUGGAACUGACCUUUCCACAGAAAUAACUUGGAACCAAACAGCCUUACACGCAGUGCAACUGGCACACUUUUUACAAAAAAAAAAAAGAAGAAGAAAUGCUUCAACCUGUUUGUAUAUAUUUGCUACCAUGCUGAGAGAAAUUUGCUUCUUUUUUCAGACAUUAGUAGAAUGACACAUGUGAUGCCACUUUUAUACAUGUGAGAGUGGAUAUAAAAUAAGAAGAGAGGACCA